AUGAAACUGCGUGGCUUCACACCGCGACAUGGCGGAGAUGUCGCCUCGUCCCGAAGUCUAUCAUCCAAACCUGGAUACCGAUCACUGCGUCCGGCCGAGACAAUCGCCGACCGCGGUAUUCACGGAGCACUUGAUCAGCUGCCCAAUGGCACGGAGUCACUGAUCCGCAUCGAGAGAGACGGCCUGCUUCCGGGGGACCACCCGCGGCCCGAACGUGAACCGUCGAUGGACUGGUCGAACCUCUUGUCAACGGAAAUUGCGACGAUCCCUUUAGACUCUGACCCUAUUUUACAGAGACAACUCCUAAGUCCAAAUCCCUUCUCCUUGAGCUUCGACUCGCCUCAACUUCGCCAGACGAUGCUUGGCGGUGCCGGAGUUCCGUGGCAGCGAAGUAACUCGAGCCUAUUCGGACCAGAGGACCUUGGUGAUUUAGGCGUCAUGGAGGACACGGAAUAUCAAGCCAGAGUCCUCCUCGGCCAGAUCUUAUCUUAUCCCAAGAUGAUGAUCAAAGGUGGCCGGAUGCCGCCUUUCAUAUUCCCACCCUGCGCCAUUGAUGGAUCUGAGUCAAUAGUUGGAUGUUGUGGCAAGGAGCUUCACCAGUGUCUUCCAGAGCCGCUAGCCAUCUGCUGCAACCUCGUGCAAAGCUUUUACCAGAGGACUCCGGGAAGCGCGGCUUUUGUUUGGAGGAGUAUAUACAGUGAAGUAGGCAGGAUCCGGCAAGAGCUGCUAGCCAGGUCGCUGCACCUGGCCCUGAAUUACGAACUCGACCUUAUCAGCAAGCUAAGUCUAGAUCGUCGAGGCUGGAUUCUUCGUGAGAGUACCAGGAGGACAAUCUGCCUUCUAUUUGGCAUUGAGCUUUUGAUGGACGUGGAUCUGAACGCAGAGGAACCGGCGGAUUGCGGUGGCUAUAGUCUCCUGCCACUGCCCUCCGGCAGAGAUUUGUGGGAAGCCGUGUCCAGUGACGAGUGGCGUGCACGAUACAGGAGGCUACGAGCCGAGUCGUGCGAUGAAAAGGUUCUGAGCAUCCAGGAUCUUCGAAAGGCUAGAAGGGCUUUGGGGGCGGACUCUGAAGAUCGAAGCCAGGAGGACCAGCUGGUAGCCCGAGUCGCAAAGUGGUGCGAGGGGAUCGAUGAAUUCGGGAUGAUGGUCUGGAUGGCUGUCAUGCUAGAGUGA